GUUUAUAAUACUCAAAUUUAAUAUUAGUCCGUACCGCGUAAGUAUAACGACUUGUUCGGUAUAUACAUUUCAAACUUAUCCAUUAAAAUUUAUUGAAAUUGUUGAAAUUGGUAAUUAUUGACUAAUAUAAGCAUGGCAAAUUCGAAUGUUGAACCCUUAUAUAACCAGGUAUUAUUUUUAUGAAUGUAAAUUUAUUUAUUUAUUGAAAAUAAAUGUACUUAAAUGCGUUUUAUAUAAUGUGUAGUUAAAUUGUGUGUUGGGUUCGUAUAUCAUUUUUUUUUUUUAAGUCUGUAUUUUUUUAAUUCAAUUUUAAAAUAAAACCAUAUUAUAUGGUGCAUAUCACAAGGACACUUCAGGUCAAUUCCGCAUGGGGAUGCACAAAAUAUUAAAAUUUAAUUUUUUUUCCCGGAAUUAUGACUCGUCACUCCUCUCUGAAACACGCCUGACAUAGACAAACUUAUUAUUUAUUAAUUUAGAAUAUAGGUAGUUACAUAUUUAGAAUUUAGAUUAUGAUAGUUAUUUGUUUGCAAAAAUACGUAGGUAUUCAGUAGGAACCAGCUAUUUCUUUAUUCAACAUAGUCAAAGCUAAUAUUAUAACUUACUCCUAUUAAGGGAAUUGGAUAACGAUGUUGUCUUUCUUUAUCGAACACAUAAUUAGUAUGACAAUUUCAGAUUAGUUUCCUGGUAAUCAGUCUGAUCGAUAUUGUAAAACGAUAAGAAUUUAGAAGACAAAUAUUAAUUCAUCGUAAAAGUGUAUUGGAGAUUGAUCUUGCCUCAGUUUAAAAUUAAUUCAAUUUUUUUAUAUACUUAUCAAAUCUACAAAUAAUUUUAUCCUCAUAUAAAUCCAAGAAUAUUACGCGUGUUUGAAAAAAAAACCGGACAUAUUUCGGGUGAGCCACUGUUGAUGAGAAGUUGGGAAGGUAGAGAGGAAAUUUAAUGUGUAUCUGUAGGCAAAUAUUAAAAUCGUUGCUAAUUAAAAACGAUUUUGAGCGGAGUUCGGUCAUACACGUUUUGAAAGGCUGUAAUAUUUACGAUUUGAAAAUAAUACAUUUCGUAAAUUUUCCUGUUUUUCUUAUUUAUUAUGAAAACCAUUGGGAAAAUCAAAAAAUGACUUAUCUAAUGUACAACCCUAGUUAGAUUUCCUUUCAAAAAAUUGCUACACUGGAUAAUAAGAGCGAAAUUUCUGAUAAAAAAUCGGAUUAUUGAAUUAUUGGUUAUCAAAAAACGACCUUCGUAUGCACCAACUAGACAAAAUUGUCUUUUAGAAAAGAUACUAUCAUAAAAAAAAAAUGAAUAUAAAACAAUAUAUAAACGUAUACAGACAUGAAUUAACCCACCAGUGGAAGGGUUAAACCCCUCAUUUCGAAUUACUACAGGAGUUAAAUUCUUUGUUCAAUUUAUUCAUAUUAAAAAUAAUUGAUGGUCAAACCUUCCUUCUCCAAAAAUUAUCUAUACUCCAUAGGUACUAACGCCUCCGUCACCCGACCUCACCAAUAUUCAUUCAUAUAAUAUUUUAUUUACCCAAAAUAGUGUAAUUAAUACGUUCAAAAAUAGCGCAUCGGAGUUGGGUCCCGGGUUCAAAAAUCUACAAUAGUUGGGUCCCGAUUUCCAGGUUUAUGCCUGUAGUUUAUUAGUCAUCUAGUACCGUAAUAUUAUUAUAUAUAAUAGUUUAAAAGCUUUUAGAAAAAUAAAACACAAUAUAUUCAUCCUAAUAUCCACUCUAAUAUCUACCAGUUGAUAAAAGUUUUAAGAUGUACCCAAAUAGACCUACUUACUUAUUAUUACUACCUACAUUAAAAUUAGAAGUGCAGAAAAAAACGAAAAAAAAAAUUGUAUUACAAAUGAAAAAUGUAUAAAUGAUCAAAUAACAGAAAAAAAAUCACUGGUAAAAUAGGUCCUAAGUUUGUAAAAAUUAGAAGGUAAAUGUUUUGUAUUGCUUUUAAACUUUCGGGCCCAACUUGAAUAUUAUACAUACCGAAAGCCGGGACCAAAUCAAUAUAGUACUCAAAACUUAUUAGGACCAACUAGUGUACUACCUAUCAAAACCGAUAUGAUCCGGGACACAACUCGGAUGUAGCCUGAUGUUACUUUGUACUUUGUAACACGAAACAAGAUUGGUCAUAACGGUUAAAAAUUGAAGUAGAUAAUAUUUUAUUGUACCUUUUAUUCACGUAUGAAAAUGUACUACAGAACCUCACCUCUAAUUAAACGUGUGAAGGUCGCUAAACCUUCAUUAAAGAUAACCGCCGUCCGCCACUAAUGCUACUCUUGAAAUUCAGAACAGGACUUCUCGUAGACAGAAUAAUUGAACAAAUUUAUAUAAUGCAAUUGUUAAUUUCAUCAAUUUGUCAGUUUUUAUUUUAUGUUUUUUUUCCGAAUUUUUCCAAUUAUCGCGAAAAUUGCUUGGAAAAUCGAAAACAUGAUUUCCUCAAUAGGUACACUAAUUAGAUCCGGAAUACAACAAAAAAGACUCUUGUUGUUUGUCGUUAAUGCCAUUUUCGAUUGGUGAUUUCUGGUAGAAAAGUUGUUCACAGACAAAAAUCAUAAUAUCACAUUGCACAUAAUAUUGUCAUUGUAAAACCAGUAUAUUCCUCGCUCCGUUCAGAAUAUGAAAAUCGCAUUGGUAGGCACAGUAAAAUAACUAUACCUAUGUUAUGUAUACCAUAGGUGGCCGUAUUAAAUUGUAAUUUUAUAAUUUUUGUAUACUAAAUACAUUUAUGUAUAUAUUUACAAAUAACAAUAUUAUGCAUGUAUAUUCUAUAUUAUCUCAGUAGUUGGUUAGUAUUAUAAAAGUAUUUAUAUCAAUUAUUAUUAUGCAUACUUAACAAAUAGGUAGCAUUUUAAGAGGGCGCUAUACCCGUAUAUACUGUCUCAGUCCUUACUGACGGGCGAUAUAGUAAAAUCUACCGCAUUUACUACACGGUCUGCAUAGAACUCGGUUAAUUUUGGUUUUAUAGUAAAAGCACCUAUAAUAAAAUUGAAAGAGAAUAUUUCGAAAGCAUGACGAUGUGUUUUUCCUAUUGUUCUAAUUAUUAUUCCGGUUGUAACGUUCAAUAAAUCGUUUAAAAAUAAAACUUAAUCCAUCGUUUUUAAAUGACUGUAACAUGUUAUUGAAAAAUUAACUUAAAAAAGAAACGCAUUGUCUUGUCCUCCGGAAUAUUAUCCUAUUUUAAUUUUAUAAUAAGCGCUAUUACUCUAAAAUCAAAAUCAAGCGAGUUCUACGUAAAUCGUAGAUUUUGUUGAACCUGUUAGUUGGUUUGAGACAAAACAUGCGGGUAAAACGUCCUAAAUUGUAUGGGUAUAUUGAAGAUAUUCUAGGUAUAGCAAUAAUUGUAAUUAUAUUAUUUACAAUUGUUUUAAUAUUAUUUUAUUAUUUUAGUAGUAUAAUUUAAUUUUAUGUUUUUUCAAUGUUGUUGAAAAUUAAUGUUGAGAUAAUAAUAAUUUAAUUAUUUUGUUUUUUGUUAGUUUUUAAUGUUUUAAAAUUGAAUAAUGUAUUUAUUUAAUAUUUAUAUUGAUACUUUUUAAGGUCAAUGUCUAUAGUUUGAACCAUUAACACAAUAUAAUUAAAUAUAAAUAAUAUAUUUGUUACUUACUUGAUAAGUAAAAACAAUUGUAUACAAGUACUAUUUAUAAGAACUAGGUAUUAUAGUAUUAGAUGAUACUAAUUACCUACAUAAUAUUAUAUUUGUUUAAACUGUACAGUAUAAUUACAUUUAUUCAAUCAUACCUAAUAUAUACAAUGUGUCCCACCAUGUUCGACGGAUUUUUUUAGCGCUGUUUAGGUAUUAUUAAUUUUUUUUAGAUUUUUUUUUCAAUCAGUUUAUUUUCGAGGAGGAUAUUGAUUUGAAGAAAAAUUAAAUUUUUAUUUUCAUUCCCUAAACACACAAUAAAAAUAACUUUAAUCAUUUACUUUCAAAAAUGUUCAAAAUAUCCAUUUUGUAAAAAAUAUUAUUCUAAAAAUGUUAAUGUAUCAAACAUUCAUAUCCGAAUAAUAGUUUUUUAAUUAUAGCUGUUUUAAUUUUUAGAAAUAAGCAUGAAAACAAUUAUAAUAUUCAAUUGAAAGUAAAGAAUUACCGUGUUGAUUGUAAUUCUUUAUUGCACAACGUGUUAUUUUAUUGAAUACUAUUUGUUUUCACGCUUGAUUAAAAUCACUAUAACUAAAAAAUUAUUCAUUAAAUAUGAAUGUGUGAUACGUUAAAAUUUGUUGAAUAAUAUUUUUUACAAAAUGGCUAUUUUGAAAAUUUUCCCAAGUGAAUAAAUAGAAAGUUAUUUGUUUUUUGUCUUUAGGGGAUGAAAAUAAAAAAUUAAUUUUUCUUCAAAUCGAUGUCCCCAUCAAAGACAGACCGAUUGAAUAAAAAAAAGAAAAAAAAAAAACGAAAAAUUUGAAUUUUAAGAAGGUUAAAAAAAUCUGUUGAAAAUGGUAGGACACAAUGUAUACUUGUUAGUUUUACUAUCAAUGUAGGUAUUUUACUAUUAGGUAUAUAUAUGAAUAUUAUAAUGAAAGUCUAAUAUAUUAAACAUCAGAACAUAUUAUAUUAACAAAUAAGUAGGUACUUAAUCAAGAAACAGGUAUUUUCAAAGAUUUAUCUAAAGUAAUUUUAAUUUAUUAUGUUUUAGAUAUUUAUAAAUAAUACUUUUGUGAAUUCAGUAAGCGGAAAAAAAUUUCCUACCUUCAAUCCAGCAAAUAAAAAGAAAAUUACCGAUGUUGCUGAAGGAGAUAAAGUGAGAUAUAAUUUGAUUUUAUAUAUAAUAUAGCUUAUAUAAUAUUAGAUUUGAAUUAUAUACACAUCUAUACAUAUGUAAUAUAUAUUUAAAAUUAAAUUAUUAAGUGUAAAAUUUGAAUAUAGGCUGAUAUUGAUUUGGCUGUUAAUGCAGCGAAAGCUGCAUUCCAGCCAGAUUCUGAAUGGCGCACAAUGGAUGCUUCAGUUCGGGGUCAACUGAUGUAUAAAUUAGCUGAACUGAUAGAUGAACACAAAAAUGACUUGGCUUAUUUAGAAUCGUUGGAUUGUGGUAAACCACUUCGUGAUUCAGUUUCAGAUAUACGUUCAAGUGUUUCAGUUUUAAAGUAUUAUGCUGGAUAUGCUGACAAAAUUCAUGGAAAAACUAUACCAUCAGGUAUACCUAUAUACAAUUAUAAUGAAUAUUAUUGAUAAAUCUAUGUCUAUAUAAAAUAUAAACUUAAAAUUUUAAAAUUAUCUUUAUUUUCAUUAUUUAUUUUUAUUAUUUUAAAAAUGUUGGUCCAGUAAACAACUUGGGUAAAUGAUCACAACACCUGUAUAUUAUGCUGUCUCCAUCUUACAAACAUACAACUUCUUACAUAGCAAAUUUAUGUUCAAUAGGACCAAUUUUGUGCUGUUAGUUUAAAAUUGAAGUAAAUUGAUCCAGUAAAAGUGAAAGCAUUAUCUGUCUGUACGUCAAUUUUUUCUACAUUUUAAUUUUAAGUGAGAUAUAAUAAGUGUGUGAAGUCAUUAUCAUAAUUUAGCAACUCUUAAAAAUGUAAACACAUAUUGAAAAUAAUGGACAUAUGUAUACAAAUGCAGAUGAUGGUCUUACUUUAAAAAUUUGAUAAUUGAUCAAUUCUAAUAUUAAAAAUAACUGCAUACAUUUGUUAGACGAUAUCCUCUAAAUCAUUAGAGAAUUAAGGGGAAAAAUGUUUCAUUUUUAAUAAUUAUAAUGUUAAACUAAAAUGUUUGUCUUCUCGCUUAGAAUCUUAAUAUAUUUUAACAUUAAAAUGGGCUAAGAAUAUAAAAAAGGGUUGAUAAAUAAUAUAUUAUCAUUUUUGUGUAGUCGUGUAGGUAUUACUAAUUAUUAGAAGAUAAAAGUAAAAGUAAAAAUAUUGUUUUUAUUUUAGUUUAAUAUUUAUAAAAUUUUCAAAUUUUCUUACUGCACUGGGAUUUUUAAAAUAUUAGAGUAAUGUAAUAUUAAAAUUAUUAUAUAAUGUGUUAAAUUUAUCAAAUGUUUAUUUAAAAACAUGGGUUAGGUUUAUUAUUAUUACCUUACUUAUUUAGAUGGACCAUACGUCUCAUUUACAAAACUUCAACCUAUUGGAAUUGUUGGUCAAAUAAUACCUUGGAACUAUCCAAUUUUGAUGAUGUCUUGGAAAUUGGGUCCAGCUCUUGCUACAGGAUGUACAAUUGUAUUGAAACCAGCCGAACAAACUUCUCUUACAGCUCUGUACAUAGCUGCAUUAUCAAAAGAAGUGAAAUUUAAUAUAUUAUACUCUAUAAAUAAUUAUAACUAUAUAACUGUAUUAUAACUAAUAAAUUAUAAUAAAUAAAAAAAAUUGACUUUAUAGGUUGGAUUUCCCGACGGAGUCGUAAAUGUUAUUCCCGGAUAUGGUAUAACAGUAGGUCAAGCUAUAUCUAGCCACCCUGACAUAAACAAAGUGGCUUUCACGGGAUCAACAGAAGUAAAUUAAUUAUACAAUUUCCCUAAAUUAAUUUGUUUUUGGGCAUGAUUUAAGUAGAUAUGAUAAAAUUAAUGCUUAAAAUGUUUAGGUUGGAAAAUUAAUCAUGGCAGAAGCAGCAAAGUCUAAUUUGAAACGUGUUUCAUUAGAACUGGGCGGUAAAAGUCCUCUUGUAAUAUUCGAUGAUUUUGAUGGUAAAUAGUUUUGACAUAUGUUUUAAAAUUUGUUUCUAUUGAAUUUGAAUUUUGCAAUUAUUUAUAAUUUUACUUAUUUGAUUUAUGGGUAAUUUUAUACUACUUACGCAGUUGAUGAAGCUGUAAAAAUUGCUCACGAUGCUCUAUUUCCCAAUAUGGGCCAAAGUUGUUGUUCUGGUACGAGAACAUUUGUUCAAGAAGGUAUUUAUAAUGAAUUUGUGAAAAAAGCGGCAAAAUUGGCAUCUGAAAAGAAAGUUGGUGAUCAAUUUGAUCCCGAUACAACAAUAUGGCCUCUGGUAAUAUUUAAACAUUUUUAAAACUUUCUAUAAUUGUUUGUGUAUGUCAUUGUUUUAUUAUUGUAAUAAAGGUAAAAAGAUAAAGAAAUUAAGUAUAAAUAUGGAAGAGGAUUAAAUGGGAAAAAAGGGUAGGUGCUCAGAUCAAUAAUUGAUUUAUAACCUAUAACCUGAUGUACAAAGAGUUUUGGAGUCAUGAAUCUGAGAAUAGUGACAACAAUCAAUAAAUAAGAACAUUUAUCUUACCUGCCCACAGUAUUCGAAUGCUAAGGUCACCUCAGUUAUCUGUAGGUAUCCUCGCGUACUCAAUGAAUAGUAGGAUAGGUAUGAAUAGUUGGCAGUGACAACUCAAUUAAACAUUAUAAUUUAAGUACCAUUUAACACUCAAAAAAUCUGUGUACCACUUAAAAAUCAAAGGUUAAUUAAUUCAAAUUAGGAUACAAAAAAGGUUUAUUAAUUUAAAUAGAUAUUCAAGGAAAUUAAACAUGAAUGAUUAGAUGCUAAAAGUUGGAGCUAGAUAUUCGAAAAUGAUAUAAGAUAAAGGUUAAGUACACCUAUGUGUUUCAAUGGAAGUUCUCGACAGAGUGGUCUUUAAAGAGAUUUUUCGUGCAGUCAAGGUUGAGAAGAACCUUUUAUUCUGAGGGGAGUGAAGAAGCUUAUGGUUUUACAAAGAUGUUUUUUUUCUGUGGACAACUUUUCUACCAGAGGACUAGCUCCGAUUUUUUCGUAUUUUACGUAUAGCACCUUUUCUACAAGGAAAUCGGUAUAGGGAGGUAUCUUAAAGAAGUCAUUUUUCUUAUCUAAAUAUCUAAAUAUCAAUUAUUCAACCGUAUUUUAAUCUAUUAGUUACAAUGUUUUCGGUUAAAAAUAUAAAUAAUUCUUCACAGGUGUGUAGUAAUAAUAAUUUUACUAAGUAUUAAUAAUCUAAUAUAAUAUAUUGCAAAUAUCUUGAAACAUAUCAUAACAUUUUAGGUAGAUGAGAAGCAGUAUAACAAAGUCUUAAGCCUGAUUGAGUCUGGUAUAAAGGAAGGAGCCAAAGUAGAAGCUGGUGGUUCUAAAGUAGGGGAUACAGGAUAUUUUGUUUAUCCAACUGUAUUUUCAAAUGUGACUGAUGAUAUGAGAAUUGCUAAAGAAGAAGUAAAUAUUAUUAUAUUUACUAAUAUAUAAUAUAUAUUUAGAUUAAUAAAUUGAAAUAAUAUAUUUUAUAAAACGAAACUCCUUUCAAAGAUUUUCUUGUUUUUUUUUUUUACUUUUGAUUAACCAUGUUAAUGAAUUUUUAGAAAUGUAGAGGAAUUACUAAUACUAAUUUGAUUCGAUUAAGAUAAAUAAUAAUAAUAAAAACAUGCGCUUUAUGUUAUAGUUUGUACUAAAAUGUAUUAUUAUUACUAUUGCUAUUAUUAAUAAUUACUAAGUUCUAAUUAUAUAUAUAUUACUUUUGUGAUGAACAAUUCUUAUUACCUACUUAUAUGAGAGCUUAAAUAAUUUUAUUUUUAGAGUUUGAGAAUUUUUUGAAUAAAGUUAAAAUAAAAUCUGUCAUUUCAAUUUAUUAUACUUUAUAACAUAAAAUGACUCAAAUAAAUUAUUACUAUCCAAUUCUAAGUUUAAUUAUCAUUCUAUUCUUAUUUACAGAGUGUAACAGGAAUAUUUGAUAUUUUUACAUUGUAGUUACAUGUAAAAUUGUUAAAUGGUCCUGUUAUACCCUGAAUAUAGGUAGGUAGGUAAAAAUAUUAUAUAAUAAUUUGCUUUUAACUCCAGUUUGAUAAUAUGAUAUUAUCUGAUAUAUCUGAUUUUAUUUUGUUAUAGAUAUUCGGGCCAGUUCAGCAGAUUAUCAAGUUCAAAACACUUGAUGAAGUAAUUAAACGUGCAAAUAAUACUAACUAUGGAUUAGCUGCUGGAGUAUUAACUAAGGAUUUGAGUAUUGCAUUAAAGUAUAUGGAAAAUGUGAAUGCUGGGUCAAUGUGGUAAUUAGUUUUAUAUUUGAUUGAAUAAAAAUCAUCUUAAAAAAAAAAUAGCUUUCGGUAAUUAAAUUCAAUUAAGUAUGUGUUUUGUUUCAUAAUAAAACAAAUAUCAAAUUUAUCUGAUGUUCGGAAUGUGGCUUUAUUUUUUAAUAAAAACUCGCAUAAUAAAUUUAAUGAUCUAUUGUUUGUUCUAAGUGAAAAUAAAAUACUUAGAUAUCACUUUUUUACUCAAUAGGAUUAACUGUUAUAAUGCUAUCACGCCUCAAAACCCAUUUGGAGGAUUUAAUCAAUCUGGAUUUGGUAGAGAAUUGUAAGUUUUUAAAAUUAUUUUAUACAUGCGAUAGUUAUUGUUAUUAUUGUACAAUUAUGUGUUUUGGUUUACAGAGGUGAAGCUGGUUUACAUAAUUACUUGGAAAUAAAAACUGUGUCUAUCAAAAAAUAAGUCAACUUACAGUAACCUAAUCUAUUUGAAUAUUACUUAUUUUUUAUUUUUAAACAAUUAUUAUUAUUAAUAUAAAUUAAUUUUAAAUAAAAUACCAAAUCCUCUAUGUCAGAUAAAACAAAUGUUUAAUUUAAAGAUAUUUUAGAUACGAAUGUAUGAUUGAGUAUUUAAUAAGCAAUUAUUAUGGAAC